GAGCGGCGCGAGCCGUGGUAUUGGACUGGCACUGGUGGAGGGCCUGCUGCGCGGCACCUCUCUGAAUGUCGUCGCCUCCGGGCGGAAAGCAAUGGUCUCGCCAGGGCUCCAGGCAUUAAAGGCCGAACACAGCUCUCGGCUCCUGCCUCUGGACAUGGACCUCACAAAUGAGGAAUCGAUCAAGGCUGCUGCAGCUGCCUCGGACGAGUUCACAGGAGGAGGUCUGGGUCUUCUCAUCCACAGCGCCGGCAUCAUGCAUCCCAACGGGCGCGGGGAGAACUCCGUGACGAGAUUGGAUCAAGCUUCUUUCACUGCGGUCCUCGCCACCAAUGUCAUGGGCCCGGCACUCCUGACGAAGGCCCUCUACCCCAAGCUGCGAGCUGCGGGGAAGGAGGAGCCUAGCAAGGUGGUUGCCUUGGGUGCCGGCGUUGGCUCCGUGGGCACCAACCAG